CUGGUGCUCACCUGCUGUGCAAACAGGUAGACUUUGAGUUCUGCGGGAGCUGGCAGCAGAAAUAACCUGCUGGAUCCAGCUCCUGAGGUUUGAUCAGCAAUGGCCAAUUUUCAGGGCCAUGCUCUUCCGGGAAGUUUCUUCUUGCUCUUUGGCCUCUGGUGGGCAGUGAAAUGUGUGCUGAAGCACUACAGCAGGAAGCUGAACAAAAAGAAUCAUCUGCACCGGAGUUUUGACAAACUUGAGGUCAUUGAAGGCGCAGUCAAAGUCACCUUUUCAACAAUAGGGAUCCUGGCUGAGCAGUUUGUUCCAGACGGUCCCCACCUGUACCUCUACAACAGAGAGCCAUGGGGUUGGGUGAAGAUGAUGAACUGGCAACACUCCACCAUGUACCUGUUCUUUGGCCUGUCAGGAGUUGUGGAUAUCCUCACCUAUUGCCCUGCCAGACUGCCUUUAGGGCUAGAUCGGCUCAUGCUGGCCAUAGCUGUCUUUAUCGAAGGCUUUCUCUUCUACUACCACGUCCACAACCGGCCAAUGCUGGACCAACACAUCCAUACUCUGCUACUGACUGCCAUCUUUGGUGGUAGCGCCAGCAUUCUGUUGGAAGUCUUCCUGCGAGAUAAUGUUAUCCUGGAGCUCUUCCGUUCCAGCCUCACCAUUCUGCAAGGGAGCUGGUUUUGGCAGAUUGGCUUUGUGCUGUUUCCACCAUUUGGAGGGCCAGCCUGGGAUCAGGAGGACCACGAAAACAUGAUGUUUAUCACCAUGUGCUUCUGCUGGCACUAUGCUGUAGCUAUCCUUAUUGUGGCUCUCAUUUAUACUCUGGUCCACUGCUUCAUCCAGAGAUGUAGAGCAAGCAGUGGACUGACAGAGAUCAAGCUGAGUCAACACAAAGAGAAGAAGGCGAAAGAAGACCACGCUUCCCUCUUAAACGCAUCGGAUGAAGAAUGAGCGAAGAUACCACCUUAUAUCGGUCUUUUACGACUUAACAAGCAAUUAUUAUUUUUAAAAAAUGAAUAAGCUUACCAACACAAUUGUGGCACGACAUCACAAUGUGAUUAUUAUCUUUAAAAUAUUUGAAGAAUACUAAUAAAUUAAAAGUCAUUGCUGCUUUGUUAAAGGGACAGCCAACAACAACAACAACAACAACAACACUUUAUUUAUAUUCCGCACUUCUCCUUGAGUGGACUCAGAGCGGAUUACAGUACAUAAACAGACACAGGCAAACAUUCAGUGACUUGAUUACAAUGUCACACAAUGAGACACAAAUACACAGACAAAGACAAAGGCUUCUCCUUUCAUCUCCGGUUCUGGAGAAGGUGCUCUUUCUCCAUUUCCAAGCCGAGGAGUCUGCGUCCGUAGACACUUUCCCUGGCCGUGUGGACAGCAUGACUGCUUGGAGCAUCUUUUGCCUUUUCCCACCAAAGCGGUAUCUAUUUAUCUACUCACAUUUGCAUGUUUUCGAACUGCUUGGUUGGUAGGAGCUAGGGCUAUCAGCGGGAGCUCACUCCAUCAAGAGGAGGCGCAAUCUUUGGAAAGUUCUUCAAUGUAGUACAUGGAUAGUUCCCUCCAAAGGUCAGAAUUACACCAUUAUUGUACUAAAGCAGCAAACCGUUUGUAUAAAAAAUGAGGAUU